CGCCCCUUUUAGGCGAGCGUGAAAAUGGCUACCACACGACCGGUCAGCGUUUGACCCCCGCCCGCUUGUUCUGAAGAGAUAUCAUCGAUCCGUGGGUCUAGUGUGGACGGAGAAGCUCGCGUACCGUGCGGUGUAACCAUUCCCUAUUGGACGUUUCGUAGGUAACGUUGGAAUCAACACUUUCAAUAUUUUUGCCCUCCCUCGGUCAGAAAUCCGACUCUCCCCGAAGAUUGGAAACUCUUUCGUCGACACUUUUAUAAACAGUGGAAGUUUCUCUUUCAAAAAGCUGUGAAGAGACUGUUUUCGAGCUUUCGAUAAACUGUGAAGAGAUAGUAACCGUGAGGAGAUAGGAAAACAGAGAGAUUAUGGCACAAGCUCACUCCUGGGAGCCCGGCACCGAGUGUGUUGGCAAGUACACCUUCCUCGGUUCUGCGUCACAUGACCUUCCAUUCAGAAGAGGCGAUACAUUGACUAUAAUUGCUCCGUCACGUGACCCAAACUGGUACAAGGCCCGUCGCUAUGACGGCCUGGAGGGGAUGAUUCCUUACAACUACGUCCAGGAGAAGAAGAGGGGGGGUGAUUUACCCCCGCCCGGCCCCGCCCCUGCCCCGAUGAGGCCCGGUGCUGCCAUGGCAGCCAUGCCGGAGGUGAGAGCGGGAGGAGGGGAAAAGAACGACCAUCACCUGAGAAGAGCCGUGAAAUUGCACAGCAUGCCGUGGUUCCAUGGCAACAUCAGUCGGGAAGAGGCGGAGCGUCUACUGAGGAAGGACGGUCGUAAGAACGGAACCUAUCUGGUCCGAGAGAGCCAGAACUACAAGGGAGACUAUACUCUCUGCGUCCAUUACGAUACUAAGAUUGAACACUACCGGGUUAUCAGGAAGAACAAUCUGGUUACCGUGGACGACGAGGAAUUUUUCGAGAACCUUUUCAAACUGGUGGAACAUUAUCAAGAUGACGCAGAUGGACUGUGCUGCAGACUGAAGCACUCGGUGGAGAAGGAAGGUCCGGUUGAGUUCGAGGUGUCAGCUGAGGAGUUCAAGGCCAGUGGCUGGCACAUUCCCAGAGCCCAACUUAUCAAGAAGAACAGCAUUGGCAAGGGAGAAUAUGGAGAGGUGUGGUUAGGCGAAUACAAAGGGAACAAGGUGGCUAUAAAGAUGCUGAAAGACAUCAAAGAUGCCAAAGCCACCAAACAGUUCCUUGCCGAAGCUUCCGUCAUGACAGCGCACGUGUACUGGGUGGGCGUGGCUGCUCCGAGACACCCGCAAACGUUAAACAUGAAGCUGCAGACGGUGCUGCUUGUCUUCGGCUUAGCCGUGUGUCUGGUAGCUCUGGGUGUAGCCGACCACGAGCAGAGAUCCGAUAACUGCUGUGUCAAAGUGGACACUACAACGAGACAGCUAGUGGAUAUCUAUGGUCGAGCUCGCAUCUUCCACGGAGUCAACGUGGUGUACAAGAGCUAUCCCUACCAUCCACAAAACUCUAGUUUUGACCCAGAGUUCUCGCUGGCGGCUGAAGACAUAGAGUUCCUCGCGGAGAGUGGGUUCACCGUCGUCAGACUCUACGUCGCUUGGCCGGGAGUUGAACCGGCCGAAGGAAUCUACAACUCCACCUACUUAGAUGUUCUGGAGGACUAUGUGAACAAACUGGGAGAUGCUGGGAUCUUUACAAUUCUGGACUGCCACCAGGACCUCCUCUCCCCCAAGUUUUGUGGUGAGGGAGUACCGGACUACGCGGCGCUGUACAUGAACAGGAGCAUCAAACCUAGGAAAUUUCCGGAGCCCGUCCCCUCCCUCUUCCCCUAUCGUGUGGAUCCAGACACUGGUUAUCCAUAUCGCAGUGAGUGCAACAAACACUCCUUCUUCACCUACUACUUUUCAGACGCCGACUCAAAAUCAUGGCAGAGUCUCUAUGACAACGAGCAGGGAGUGCAGGAUCAUUUUCUGAGGUUCUGGCAGGAGGUGGCCAGGAAAUUUACUGGGAAUACUUACGUAUUAGGCUACGAGCUAUUGAAUGAGCCGUGGGCUGGAGACAUAUAUCGACAUCCUGACCAACUGCUACCAAGCACGGCAGAUUCCAGGAACCUGGAACCAAUGUAUGCGAGACUCCACUCUGCCAUUAGGGAGUACGACGACCAGCACAUCAUCUUUUUUGAGCCAACUAUCAUCAUCACCAGUCUGCCUUUUAAGUUCUCGGAGACUGGGCUGAGCCACGGACCUGGUGGACCACAGUACAACGACAGGCAAGUGUUGUCCUAUCAUCUGUACUGCAUUGCACUGGAUGGAAAUGGACAGCCGCUGAACACAAGACUGUGUGAUGGUGUGGAGGACAAAGUGAUAAGAAAUAGAGUCCACGAUACCGAGAAACUGGGAGUGGCGGGUUUCAUGACAGAAUGGGGUGCCUACGAUAACAAGACAAUGGCUGGCAGCAGACCUUAUGAGGAUGGGAUAAAAGUGAUGGGGCUUGCGGAUGAGCACUUACAGUCCUGGGCUUACUGGCAAUACAAAGGGUAUGGUGAUUUCAUAACUCAGUCCAGUACGGCCGAAGGUCUUUGGUUUGAGAAUGGGACCCUGCAGAGCGAGAAAGUCAAGAUGCUCUCCAGAUCAUAUGCCAAGGCUGUGAGUGGUCGCUAUGUCAACCAGACCUUUGACCCUGAAACUGGUGACUUCAGUGUGACGUUCACAGCCGACGUCAUGGCUGAUUUCCCACCGACUGUGAUCUACGUCAAUGAGAAAUACUACUACCCAGAUGGCUUAACCGUCAGUGUGUAUCCCCCUGAAUCAGCCUCCUACAGUACAGCCACUAACACUGUGAUAGUGUCUCUCAUGCCUUCUACACCCAUGGGAGAGUUGAUCAUGGCGGGAAUAGACGUGAACGUGCAGGUGGAGGAAGGGGAAGAAGACUUCACGGAAGGUGAGAGUCCCGGGGAGGUUCUAAUUAUCGCCCACUGUCACACUGUACGCGGUCUUCCAGACAGAACCGACGAGCUGAAGCUAAGAGCCACCAAGAAAAAAGGACGAGGGUUUGGCGCCAUCGAGGGGUGGAUAGUGUUUAUAAAAGGACUCCACGAAGAGGCACAAGAAGACGACAUCAUGGACAAAUUCUCCGAGUUCGGGGACAUCAAAAAACAUCCACGUCAAUCUAGAUCGCCGAACUGGAUACAUCAAGUUGAGUACGAGACAUACAGAGAAGCCAAAGACGCAAUCAGUGGUCUCAACGAUACCGACAUCCUCGGGAAAACUGUGGAAGUUGACUGGGCCUUUGUAAAACCCCCGCCCUCCGGCAGAUACAGACGGUACGGUGAUUCAUAG